AAUCUCACAUCUCAAACACUCUCAUUUCUCUCUCCACAACACAACCAAAUCUCUCUCUCUCUCUCUCUCUCUCUCUCUCUCUCUCUCUCUCUUUCUCUCAUUCGAAAUUUAAGAUGUCAGGACGUGGCAAGGGAGGCAAGGGCCUUGGCAAAGGCGGUGCCAAGCGACAUCGCAAAGUCCUCCGUGACAACAUCCAGGGCAUCACCAAGCCCGCCAUUCGUCGUCUGGCUCGCCGAGGCGGUGUAAAGAGAAUCAGCGGGCUCAUCUAUGAGGAGACCAGAGGCGUCUUGAAGAUCUUUUUGGAGAAUGUGAUUCGUGAUGCGGUUACUUACACUGAGCACGCUAGGAGGAAGACUGUGACUGCUAUGGAUGUUGUGUACGCUCUCAAGAGGCAGGGCAGGACUCUUUAUGGCUUCGGCGGUUGAUUUCUAGGGUUUCUAGGUUGUGUUUUAGUUGAAUUGUGUUUGUUCGAAAUGAAUGUGAUGUGUAAUUGAAUGGUUAUAGUAUGAAUGAAAUUGCUCUAUUGUUCUGAA